CUUUCUCGCAAUGCAGUGUUCAGACAUCUGAAAAACCGGCUAGCGGUUUUUCGGACACCCGAAAUUCGAUUCGGUUGGUGUGUCAGUGGAAGAUCUUCUGUAGCAAAGCAAGGUUGGCAAAAUGAGGAUAAUCUGCAAUUAACUCUACUGGUCGUAGUUUUUUUUUUUUUCUUUUUUUUUUGUUUUCCUUUUUUUCUUUUGAUGUUAUGGAAGAGUCUCCAUUAUAGGUGUGUAACUUGACGAAUUUUCAAGGGUUUCUUUAAAAUUAUAUAUGAAUGGAAGGAAGAGAAGAGAUGCAAACGGGAAUUGCAGUCAUGGGUUCUGAAGCUCCGGCCAGCUUUCAUGUAGCUGCAAGAACGGAUAACUCAGCUCAAGUUCCGGGUUCAACUACAAUGUCCGUUUCACAAGUAAGUGUAGCUAUGCCUGGGACGACUUUGAAGAAAAAGAGAGGAAGACCAAGAAAAUACGGUCCCGAUGGAACUGUGUCCUUGGCGUUAUCGCCGAUUCCGAUUUCGUCAUCGGCGCCGCCGGCCGUCAGUGAGUUCUCGGCCGGGAAGCGGGGUAGAGGGCGGCCAACUGGUUUGAUCAACAAACAACAACCGAAAUUCGAGAUUGAAAACUUAGGUGAGUGGGUUGCAUGUUCUGUUGGUGCAAAUUUCACACCGCAUGUUCUCACUGUCGCUACUGGUGAGGAUGUUACUAUGAAGAUUAUAUCCUUUUCUCAACAAGGACCUCGGGCCAUUUGUAUUCUUUCUGCAAAUGGUGCAAUUUCAAAUGUUACACUUCGCCAGCCUGAUUCUUCUGGAGGUACUUUGACAUAUGAGGGCCGUUUUGAGAUACUUUCAUUGUCUGGAUCCUUCAUGCCAUCAGAGAGUGGAGGAACUAGGAGCCGAUCUGGUGGAAUGAGUGUUUCAUUGGCCAGCCCAGAUGGUCGUGUUGUAGGAGGUGGGGUAGCUGGCCUAUUAGUAGCUGCCAGCCCAGUGCAGGUUGUAGUGGGAAGUUUUCUGCCAACCACUCAAUUGGAACAUAAACCGAAGAAGCCAAAAACUGAAGUUACAUCAACUGCCACACCAACUACUGCAAUUCCUAUUUCUAAUGCAGAGAUGGAGGAGGGCUACAGUGAUCAGGGGCAGCGGAACUCAGCAACCCCUAAGCCAAAUCUUGCAUCCGCAUCUUCCUUCCGUGGAGAAAACUGGUCAACCAUACAGUCCGUGCCAGAAUCUAGGAAUUCGGCCACUGAUAUUAAUAUAUCUUUGCCUGGAGGUUAAUCUGAACAACUUACCUAGUUAUUCACCUUGAGAGUUCUGAUGGUAUUCGUACCUUUGAUCUUGGUUGUGUUGGGCAGACUUCAAUGAGAAUUUGAAACUCACUAUUUUCUGUGUCUGACAUGUCCACAAACUCAUUGGCUAUUUGAUGCUAACUGAUGAGUUGGGGAUUUUGCGGCCAUUAGACUUCAAGUUCCAACUCAGAUUUGGUGUUCUCUUUCAUCAGAUAGGACCUUGAUUAGUAGGCUAGGUGGGAUUGAUAUACAUUUGUUAUCAUGUAUCUUAUGCUGUUGUGUUCUUUGAUAGUUUGUUGUUAGGAUGAUGUAUUGUCAUAUUUCUGCUUCUACCAAGUUGUGUUUUCCCAUUUGGGCCCGGGAGGUUUUACUCUAAAAGAGUAAUGCUAAACAUACAGACACAAAACA